UCCCGUACAGCCGCCGAAAGUCUGCUACAGACCGCUCGGUCGGAAUUUCCCGCUCUUCCACCACAGAGCAGCACGCAGCAAAUUGAAGCCUCCCAUUUCAGUCAUUGUUCACUCAUCAAUUGCCACACGUCGUCCGUAGGUUUAUCGUCACUAGCUGUUCCUCCACUGCCCACUCUUCAUACGACCACCGUCUCCAGUCUUCCAUUAUCACAUGUUCCGUUACUGUCGUCGACUUCUCAGCUACCAAUCAUGCAACUUUGCCAACUCCAGGCGGCUAUUCAUCAGCAGUACCGCUCCACCCCGUCGUCGUCAGUGUUUUCUGUUGGUUCAGCGUUCCAGCCUUUUCACGCUCACAAGGAGUCGGUAAUCAUGAAGGCCGAGCGCAUCAGUCCGGAUUCGAGCAGCGAUCGUGUCGAUCGCGUAAUUCAAAGAGUUCCUUCACCUCAACAACAACAACAAGAACGUGCUCCCUCUCAUUCGCUACUAGGCGCUCUACUGGCCACCCGUCGGACGUCGCCAGCAGUGCCACAGAGCAGGACCGAACAUAACAGUCGCCUCGGCAGUCCUCCUAGGCUUUCUCCGUCAAAAUCCGACUGCGAGUCAAUUUCGUCGUCAGCUUCUCUGUCGCCCUCACAAUCAAGCGAGGACCAUCCAGAGUCGUCGGCGAUCAGACGCGCUCUCGACGACAACAGUUCCGAUGACAAAAAGGAACAGUACAUGGAUCGACGACGGCGAAAUAACGAGGCUGCCAAGCGCUGUCGAGCGAAUCGAAGAGCUGUAUUCGAGUACAGGAGUCGUCGUGUACAGCUUCUGGAAAACGAGAACGAUCAUUUAAAGGAGGAGAUCGCCAAGCUGAAGAGAGAAGUCGAUCAAUUCAAGUCGAUGCUCACCGCUCAAAACAUUAUGGACACUCAAUAA